UGCGUGCCAUUUAGUCUGGGAAGUUACAGACUUUGUGCUCAAUGACAGCUUUGCGCUUAUCGCUGGUUUACACCAACGGAUAAGAAAGGUGAAGGACGCCCUCUUCCAUUGAAACCUCAGGCAGAUUAAAGACUUAAAAAUGGAGAAAUUGAGAUCCAAGCUGCUCGACAGUGGGGUGGAAAAUAUCAAGAAACUUGCAGACCUCCUUACCGAGAUGGAUAGAGACCAAGAUAGUGUGCUGACUCUGGAUGAACUCUCUCGUGGAAUCAACAAGGAACUUGGUCUUGAAAUGAGUGAAGAAGAAGUUCAGAAUAUCUUCACAGAACUCGACAAAGACGGGUCCAAGACGUUAGAUUUGAAUGAAUUCUUCGUAGCUGUCAGGGGCUGCUUGUCAGAGGCUAAACUCGAAGUCGUUAUGCAAGCCUACCAUAAGCUAGACAAGGACGGCAGCGGCGUGAUCGACAUGGACGACUUGAAAGACGGCUACGACUUCAAGAAUGCGCGCGCACGCAGUGUGAUGACGAACGAAGAAGCAGCAAAUCGAUUUUUGUUGAUGUUUGAUAAGAAUAAUGACAAGAAGGUAUCCAAAGAGGAAUUUUUGAAUUAUUAUGCUGGGAUGGCUCGACUCUCCGACGCUAAAUUCGUCAAGAUGGUUAAAGAUACAUGGAAGUUAUAAAGAGUACUACACCGAGAUACCUCGGUACCUGGGCACAAUUUCAUAAAGCUGUUAAGCAGUUAAUAUUGCUUAGCAGAUUGCUUAACUAAGCACGAAAUUACCGCGGUACCAGUCGCAGCAAUGUAGCUGUUUUCAGGCUGGUAACCCAUUUUUGCUAAGCAAACAAUUGUGCUGAAAAUUAGUUUUUUGUUCGCUAAACAGACUUUAUGAAAUUGGACCCUGAACAUGCGAGGUUGAAUGCCACCUCGUACACUAAAGAAUAGUCUUGGCUCACAAGGUAAUCAAGUUGGUAAAAUCAUACCGUAGAAGGGCGUGCUGUCACAGACGUCUUGAGCUAAUACUACAUACAGUAAAAUAAUGUUGAAUAUUGUCGAAAUAGAAAGAGAUUGGCCAUUUUUGCCGGAGAAAGAUGUACACCUGUUAUUUAACAUUAAUAUUAUUUUGAAACAAUCUUUUUAAAGCGACUGAAAUUUGAAGAAAUUUUGAAUAAAAUAACCAAGUGAAUUACUAAACGAUUCAGAUGAUAAUGUUUAAAAAUAAAGUUAUAACCAAGAAUGUAAUUACUGUGAUUUUUAUUACACAUUUCAAGCAACAUUUUCAAAAUGACUCAAGGAAUCAAAGAAAAAGGCAUGGUUGUGCAAAGUAUUGUUGCUAAUCAUCAUCGGUUUUGAUUAUCGAUUAUUGAAUAUUUAUUUGCUUAGCUCAAUCACAUUAUUUUAUUGGCGCAUGUUUCAUCGAAACAUUAUUAUUUGUAAAUUUGCUAGGUUUGAGCUUGAUGUUAAUUUCAAACUAACCAGCUGCACGUUAAUGAAUAAUCCACGAGCCACCAAAAAGAAUGUCAUGUUUUUUUUUCCCGAAAACAAAAAUGGGACUUUUCAAUGGAAUUUUAUCUAGUUUGUUCAGGAUAAAACUUUGCUGUAAUUUAUGUUCAGAUUUUCCCGUCCAAUUUCUCAACUAUAAUCUAAACGCCUCGCAUGCAGUCAUAGGUUUGUUAAUUUUAGUGAAGUCGAAAGGAGGUGCCAUGAACAUAAAGUCUAAGAAAGAAUCAAACAAAGAAAGUUUUGAAUGCAGCAAAAUUAAACUUAAUGCUUCAAAGAGGAAAAAGAACCCGUUUUUUUUCUCGCAUCAAACUCAUGCGGAAUUACAUGAUUUAUGAUGGGAAAUUAUUUGGAAACUAACCCGAAAUUGGUCACUGGAAAAUCUUUAACAAUUGUUUAUAAAUCUAAUGCUUAUUAAAGGAACACGUUACCUUGGAUCGGACGAGUUGGUCUAUAAAAAGCGUUUGAAACCGUUUGUUAUAAA